UAAAACGUGUUUAUUUUACUCAUAAUAUGGAUUUUGCUGUUCACAAGUUGUUUCUUACGUGUUGAGGAAAAUGCGUGUUAUGAUAAGCAUUUUCAAAAUGUCGCCAUGUGUUGUACCAAUAGACAUUCAUUUAGUUAUCUAAGAAAGGCACACAAAUAUUCAUUGAUAUGAACAAUCUCUUUGGUGGCUGAAUGGAAGAAUUAUGUUAACCCACGGGUGAAUAGUUCCUCAAAAAGACACAACCGAUAAACCCUGUGAAUAAACCGAUAAACAUGCCAACAAACUUCAAGAAUCAGAAAUACUCGUCCAUUAAAAGCGCCUAUCUGAAGAAAGGCGAGCUUUUUGAGGACCCAGAAUUUCCCGCAAAUAGCAAAUCUCUGUUCUACAGCAAGAUCGACCAGGACAUUGAAUGGAAACGACCGAAGGAGCUGUGCAAAGUCCCAAAGUUAAUUGUGGAGGGGGUGACAACUGACGAUUUAAACGAAGGAGAGCUUGGGAACUCUUGGUACGUGACCGCAUGCGCCAGCCUUACUAAGGAGAGGAAACUUUUCCAAGGGGUGAUUCCAGACCUCAAAGUCCAGGAAUUCAACGAAAAAGCGGAGAAACCGUCAUAUGCCGGUAUCUUCCAGUUCCGGUUCUGGCGAUACGGAGAAUGGGUUGAUAUCGUUGUCGACGAUCGUCUGCCUACCAAGGACAACAAACUGAUUUUCUGUCAUUCCAAACAAAGGAACGAGUUCUGGAGCGCGCUGCUUGAAAAAGCCUAUGCCAAGCUAUAUGGAGAUUAUGAAACUCUCUCAAAGGGCCGUACGGCGGAUGCUCUGGUCGAUUUCACAGGGGGCGUGGCGGAGAAACUCGUUUUGGCGGAAAUCGGAUUAAGCGACACGCACUCGCAGAUGGAAUUCUUCAACAAACUUCGCGAGGCUGUAGAGAACCACGCCCUGAUCAACUGCAAUAUUGACUGCACAAAUGAUGAUAUCGGCAGAGAAACCGCGCAAGGUUUGAUCCUCGGUCACGGCUACAACAUCACCAACGUGAUCGCUAUAGAUGUGCCCAAGAAGCUGCAGGGAAAGAUAGGCUCUAAGGAACUGUACAUGUUGAGACUGGCAAACCCUUGGAAUGUCAAGGAAUGGAAUGGGGCUUGGAGUGAUGGAGCGGCGGAAUGGAGUGCUCUGACUGCCCAUGAGUGGGGAAAGAUCGGCUUGAAGUUCGAAAACGAGGGAGAAUUCUGGAUGUGCCUCGAUGAUUUCGUCAAGAAUUUCACGAAUGUUGACAUCUGUCAUUUCGUGAAUACGUCGAUAUUCAGUCUCAAGAAAACGUGGACAGAAAGCCUGUUCCACGGAGAAUGGCACGUUUCUGGGAGAAAUGGUGGAAGCGACUGGAAUUCGAGAACGUUCCUAAGCAACCCUCAGUACGUGUUUGACAUAACCGGGAUCAAAGACAAGAUCAUGGUUUCUCUCGAGCAACAUGACAUUAGUACCUCAAGGCAACAAUUGGGAAUCAAACUUAAUGAAAUCGGGUUCCAGAUUAUGAAGGUCGAGGAAAAUCGGAAGUACAGGGUACACGUGAACGGUGACCUUAUUUUCAAGUCCGAGUACAGAGGCUCGAGAAGUAUUUACGGAAGCGUGGAGCUGAAAAAAGGACGCUACGUUCUGUUCCCAACGACAAAAAACGCUGGCACUACUGGGAAGUUCAUGUUACGACUGUUUACGUCGUCACCGGCUUCCAGCAAACUGAUUGGAACCGUGAGCGCUGGAGGGAAGGGAUGGGAGCUAAUCGAUGAAUGCCCAACACCGUCUUGCUGCGGUAAGCCCCCUUUGCUGGUCACCACAAUUACGGUAGAGGGUGCCUCAGGACUGGAAAUUCCCGCCACGUCUAAAGUUAAGACUAUCGACCCAUACGUGAAAAUCAUUUGCGAGGGUGAGAAAGUCGUGUCGGAGAAACUGACUCGGACCAACAGCCCCGAGUGGAAUGUGAAGGCGACUUUCUACAGGAAGAAACCGGAUUUGGAGCCAGUAGUCGUUGAGAUCUGGAACGGCAACACAUUGAUUGACGAUUUCAUGGCAGAGGCAAGAAUUACCGAAGAAGGAGACGAACAGGGCCUGAAGAAAAAGUGUGAUCUAUUCGGUAGAAAGAAAGAACAAGACGUAAAACAGCCGGGAAAUCUUCACAUCCUCAUCAAAUCCAGCCACGAUUUAUCUGCGCUUUAAGAAGACAAAAGUACACAGCGAUUAAGCAAAACAAUCAAUUUAAUUCAAGAAAACGAACGUAUUCGCUUACUCGUAUAUUUUGUACACGAACACUGCGUUGAAUAAAGAUUAAUCAAACAUAGCGAUUAAUCAAUAAGAGUAAUUGAUAUACCGGAAUGAAAACUAAGAAAACAUGAUUAAUUUGUUGACGUAUUUUGUAAACUGGGGUUGAUUUGCCUUUGUGCUGUAAUGUCUAAUACGUAGAUGUUAGUUCUCAUUUUAUUAUUUUUAUAUUUGCUUUUUUAAUAUUUUCUUUAAGGAAUUAAAUUUGUUGUCCAUUAAAAGUGCUGCAUUUAGAUUUAAAACAUUAGUACAAACUUAUAAUGAUUUAAUAUUUGCAAUAUUUGAUUUUGUACUAUUCCUAAGUGGUAAGCCAUCGUGUAUCUUGUCCGUCCAUAUGUUAUUGAUAUUUUGUGCAUUUAUGUUCUUGUUUGUGUAUGCUUGUAUUCAUUUAGAAUUCAAACUUAGCUUUUUGUGUGGAUACACAAUAUUUCUUUCUAUGAAUUGCAAAUGAAGUAAAAGUAUCGCUUAAAUAUUUUGUUUUCUAGUUGCAAUACUUCCGUUGAAUUUAAAAUAAAUUAUUAUCUUUUAAUUACAUAUAGUAUUAUAGUAUUAUAUUCUACCUCGUAUAAAUUCUCCUUCUUUGACUACAUUAUCUCUCUAGAUCCGCAUAAUACGAUAAUUGUAAUCAGGAAUACACGGACCAGUCACUUAUGUUUUAAAAUGGACCGCGAUGGCUUAAUUUGGACCGCACACGUUAAACAUUGACCUUGCGACGUCACCGCCGUUGGCUACACACAGCUGUGUGAAUAAUAAACCGCAUCUUUUUCAUAAUGUAUUUUGAUAUUGACACUUACGAUUGUUUGAAACUGAUAUUUAUGAUUUUAAAUUAUUUGAAAAAAAAACAACACCCCACAAUCAAACAUUUUAUUUAAAAGAAAUUAAGAA